CAUUAAAGAAGUGUCAAACCAUGCAUUGCACGUCAAUCUGAAACCUCACAAUGAUAUUGCUAAAGAAUGUUGCCUCCUAGAAUGUCCAGAUUUUAGUAUACGCCCUAUAAACAAUUAGAAAUUAGUAGAAUUUUUUUGCAAAUUCCUAUUUGUAAUCAGGUGAUUUAUACACCCGUAAAUAUUCGCGCACAGAUUUAUUCUCUUGUUCUCAAGAGUACAAACAGCUGUCACUAAAAGAUUCAAUUAAACUGCACCAAAGGAUAUGUGACCCGAAUAUUUUGACAAUUUACUCUGCAGAGUUGAUUAAACAACUUACCAAUAACAAUUCAAGAAAACAGCAGCACUUUGUCUUGUCAUUUCCAGAAAACCAACGACUAGGAUAAUGGAAUUCGCCGACUUGAUAUUGGUGCCUAAAGUAGAUAACGUCGUUCUCACUGAUAAAAGUGAUGAAACUGAUAGGAAUCCUAGCUUAGAUGGAACGCUGUGUAUUAGCGGACACCAUCUCAUUCUGUCUUCAAGACAGGUGGCUUCACAAGAGCUCUGGCUAUUGCACCGCAACAUUGAUAUCAUAGAGAAAAAGUCGAAUAACCAAAACCCUGGAGGCAGUAUCAUUUUGAAGUGCAAGGAUUUUCGUAUUUAUCAAUUGGAUAUUAACUCUACAGAAGACUUAAAUAAUGUAGCUCUCUCGCUUGAAAAGCUUGCAUGUCUAGAUCAAUCACUGCAGUACCCUUUCUUCUAUAGGCCACAAUCUGUAACUAAUUCAACGACACAAGUUGAAGAUGGAUGGACCGCAUUUGCACCAGUUUCAGAAUGGUCUAGGUUAUUAGCAACUCAUGCAGAUGAAUGGCGUAUUUGUUACCUAAAUCGUGAUUACAAAGUUUGUAAUUCCUAUCCAUCAGCAGUUAUUGUCCCACGACAUAUAGAAGAUAAAGUUAUCGUCUUAGCUGCCAAGUUUAGAGAUGGUGGCAGAUUCCCUGUUCUGUGCUACAGACAUGAAGGAGGGAGUAUUCUGAUGAGAAGUAGUCAGCCAAUGUCUGGGACCAUAGGGAAACGAUGCAAAGAAGACGAAAGACUUCUGAACGCGGUAUUAGGGCCAGGAAGGAGAGGAUACAUUGUCGAUACACGGUCUGUAACUCAGGCUCAGGCAGCUAGAAAUCGAGGGGGUGGCACAGAAUCAGAAACUGCUUAUCCACAAUGGCGCAAGGUUCACAAGCCUGUGCCACGUUCAGCGGACUUAGCAGAAAGUUUUUGUAAACUGAUUGAUGCUUGCAAUGAUACGAAAUGCUCCACAUCGCAGUGGCUUUCUCGACUAGAAAGCAGCGGUUGGCUGACUGCAGUCCAAACUGCACUCAACGCAGCCUGCGUAGCUGCUCAAUGUCUUCAUCAAGAAGCUGCAGCGGUCUUAGUCCAUGGUGGUGCUGGCAGAGACUGUACCCUUGUUGUGACUAGUUUAGCCCAAGCAAUUUUGAAUCCUGACUGUCGGACUGUCAGAGGUUUGCAAGCUUUAGUCGAACGUGAAUGGUUGCAGGCUGGUCAUACCUUCUUUAGUCGCACUCGUCAUGGCCCUUAUCAUUCACCACAUUCGCAAAAUCCAUCACAUGCUCCAACCUUUCUACUUUUUCUGGAUUGCCUUUACCAACUUCAUCAUCAAUUUCAGUUCAGUUUUGAAUAUACAACAGAUUUGCUUAUCGAGCUUUGUAGACACGCCUAUUGUUCGAGCUAUGGAACAUUCUUAGGAGAUUCAGAGGCGGAACGUAUUCGUUUGAGAUUGUCUGAAAGAACGACUAGUCUGUGGUCCCACAUAAAUCAGCCAGAGUCUUUAGAAAAAUGGUUGAAUCCACUCUACGAACCAAAUCCAGGGGUUAUUUGGCCGAGUGUCGCACCAGUCAGUAUAGAAUUGUGGAUGGAACUCUAUCUCGGUCAUACGUCAGCUGCACCUUGGGAUGGCAUACUUGCAUGUGCAUCGCACAUCAAAAGAAAUCACUCAGCAGUUAGAAAAAUUGCUCAUCAGUUACAAUCACAGAUAAGAAAAGGAAUCGAAGAGCUCAGCUCCCAACCGGAUUCUUCCUACCAGACAGAGGAUGUAGAAGAGCAUAUUCAAUUAGCUCAGUUGAAUUUGGAAUCUCAGAGCACUUGAUGAAGAUAAUAUCAUCAAAGUCAACGACCUGAAUUAUUUGGAAAGCAUUGUUUAUCCAAUUUCUUCUCCUACUUAGAUAUUCUGGCACAUAGGACAGAGCAGAAUUACAAUAUCAGAGUCAAUAAUAUUGUGAUAAAGUAACCAGUUUAUAUUCCUUUCCAUCUAUUGUCCUAUGAUUAACAAAUCUGGUAAAUCAUUGUACCAUAUUGUACCAAUAAAUGUGUGGCUGUGCACGAAGGUACGAGCUCUUAUACAUUAACAAAGCCACGAAAAUAUAAGAAGAUCCACUAGGUGCAUAGUAUUCUUGUUACUUGGUAUUUGUAAAAUAAGCUACAAGGUACUAAAACUUAUUUAUUCCGUAGCACGAUCACAUGAAUAUCAUGUUGCGUGGAUUAAAAGUUGUCAGUCUGAUAAAAACUAAUGGAACAAACUCCAUUGUAUAAACAUAAUCAAAUCAUUCAAUCGCCACUACAUAAUCACUGAUUUGAUACUACAGCUAUACUCAUGUGCUAUCAUAUUUUGAGUAAGCUCAAGUUUGAAAACCUACUGUCACAUGUUUAUGAAGUUCAGUAUAAUUUAUAUAUGUAGAGUAAAUAGUUGUUGUAAAGAUAUAUUGUUACCAACAAAAUCUUAUACUAGUCGUGUACUGAAAUAUUUAUACCACACGACCAUUUGUAAAUCCAGUUUAUUCAAAUGAUUGUCUCUUAUACCAUGUACGUACAUAAUCUCUAUUAUGUACGUUACGAGGUAAUAAAUGCCUGCAUAUAGAUGUAUGCACGAUGCAAAUAAA